CAACUCCAUUCGUUUAGCAUAGCGGGCGGCAUAUUUGGACUACAAGCUCGGGGGCAUAACACUUGAACUGUCCCAAAUGAAAAACAAGCUACGCUAGCUUGCUAGAUAGCCAUGCGUGUAUGUAUAUGCGACCACAGUUGCUCCUCGCUCUCCUUAAUAGGAAGUAAACUACAAUUCAUGAUUCAAACAGAGUGAAGAGUGACGCGAGCCGAAGCUAACUACAGUAGCUAGGGCGAAAUGUAUGCUAAGCAACUGGAAGCAGAAGUCACUUUGGUCAUUUGACUUACUCACUGGUGCUUAUCCGUGACUGUUUUUAUUAUUGUUUAUUUUGGAUUAUUUGUAGUUGUUGUAUUGCGUUGUAUAUUUUGUUUCACUUCUGAUUUUAAAAAAGCAAAUACGUUAAAAAAAGAAAGGGGGCGGGAGUACCCGGAACUCUUUUCUGCUCAUGUGAUUCGUGACUGUCCAAUGACAAACAAGGCCACGCCUUCCAAACGGAGACGUGGUUGCAACUUCCAACCUCGGUCUCGUCAAGUCUCUAACAUGACUCCACACGUUUAAUCGUCUUAUAUUAUAAAAGUGUUACAUUUUGUAAUAACUACCCGCUUACCACAUGGAUACAGUCGGGCUGGACGACAGCUGUUUGGGAUACGAGGUUAUUCUUUCGGAGGGCGACAGAUCAACGCCGCGCUGCCCACAUGGACCAACUUUGUUAUUUGAGAAAGUCGGGAAACGUGGCGAGGGAGGAAGGAGGUUUUACGCGUGCUCGGCUUGCAGAGACCGGAAGGACUGCAACUUUUUCCAGUGGGAGGACGAAAAGGUGUCGGAAGCCAGAGAGUUGGCCAGGCAAGCGAACAACAAAAGGCAGAGGGCCCCCUUCAGCCAGCAGCAGUACAGCGCCAGGUUCCGACAGUUUAUCUCCCUCCCGCCGGAUGAAAAGAAGUUCUGUCAGGAUUGCCAGCUCCUCCUCCUCGCCGACGAGAUGGACGCGCACGCCGGGCACGCGCGCGUCCCCGUGGCCGCCGCCCUUUUGAGGCAGCCCAGCAGGCUGCUGCGUCCCCUGGACGACAACAAGAGCUACGCCCAGUAUCUGUUCACCGAGCGCACUGCCCGCUUCCUGCUGGGCACCCUGGCUGCCCUGGGCUACAACAAGGUGCUAUGCGUGGGCACGCCCAGACUCCACGAGCUGAUCAAAUCGGGAAACGCGGACGGAGCGGCCGAGCCGACGAAGAGCCUUCUGCUGGACAUCGACUUCAGAUAUGCCCAGUUUUACGGCCGAGAUGAAUUCUGCCACUACAACAUGUUCAAUCAUCACUUCUUUGAUAGCGAGGCCUCGAGUGCGGCGGUCCGGGCCUUCCUCAGAGAGUCGGACGGGGAGAAGGCGGUCACGGUGGCCGACCCUCCGUUCGGGGGCCUGGUCAAACCCUUGGCCGACAGCUUCUCUCGUAUCUCGCAGACUUGGAGCAAUCGGCAACGCGCUGACGGCAGUAAUGUCGACAUGCCCUUGGUGUGGAUCUUCCCGUAUUUCAUGGAACCUCGCAUCUUGGCCUGUUUUCCCUCUCUGACCAUGCUGGACUACCAGGUGGACUACGAUAACCAUUCCCUGUACAAGCACGGGAAGACGGGAAGGAAGCAGUCUCCGGUCCGACUGUUCACGAACAUCACCCCCGCUGAAAUCGUCCUCCCCGAGGAGGAGGGUUACAGAUUUUGCGCCAUUUGCGAGAGAUACGUGGGGCGCCUCAACGGGCACUGCGCCGAAUGCGACGUCUGCCCAUCCAAGGACGGCCGCCAGUGGAAACACUGCGCUCUGUGCGGGCGAUGUGUGAAACCUUCAUGGCGACACUGUCAGUCGUGCGGCCGCUGUGCCCUCCCGGACCACCCGUGUGACCGAAGCCCAGGCGCCGAGGGUUGCUACAACUGCGCCAGCCCGGCCCACAAACGCAAAGCUUGCCCUCUAAAACACGUCAGCAGUCGUAGGUCCGCAUCCAAGAAAGGACGCGUCGCCCGGACCAGGCAGCUCGCAAAACUAAGCGCGCGUAGCGGCGGGAUGAAAAAAACCAAAUAAAAAGAUCUGACCAAAAACGUCUCUUGCUCUCACUUGCCACUUUGGUCAGGUUGAGCGUUUUGACCAGCGGGGGGCAGUGCACUACUUGCCCGGCUGAAGGCCGGGAUUUCAGUGCUCUUGAUUCAACAUAUUUUAUUUUAGCGUUAAUUUAUUCGUAACGAUUAAUAAAUACCAGGGAUGUCCAAACCUUUUCCACUUAGGGCAAAAAAAUGGAAGGAAGAGAUCUACUUCAGGUCAACAUAUGCUAAGCAGUUGCAACGUUCGAAGUGUAUACAUUUUUUUUGUUUACGAAAUUGGUUAUA